GUGCUUUCCUCCGGACCCCGGAGUGAAGCCGGAUCAAUAAUUUUCCUGUGCCGCAUACAAAAGUAAUGACUCCGAUGACGGCGAGUCAUUCGAAGUUAGGAAGCAUCCCUCGAAUAAAUCACCAUGGCUGCUGCUGCUCGGACACUCCGCAUUGGUCUCAUCCCCGGAGACGGCAUCGGACGGGAAGUCAUCCCGGCCGGUCGUCGCAUUCUCGAGGCUCUUCCCUCUUCUCUGAACCUCAACUUCAGCUUCGUCAACCUCGAUGCUGGCUUUGAGACCUUCCAGAAGACUGGCACUGCCCUGCCCGACAAGACCGUCGAGACCUUGAAGAAGGAGUGCGAUGGUGCUCUGUUCGGUGCUGUCAGCUCUCCCUCCACCAAGGUCGCUGGGUACUCCUCCCCCAUCGUUGCUCUCCGCAAGAAGCUCGACCUGUACGCCAAUGUCCGUCCCGUCAAGACCACCGCCGGUAGCAGCAACGGCAAGCCCAUUGACUUGGUCAUCGUUCGUGAGAACACCGAGGACCUGUACGUGAAGGAGGAGCGCACCGUGGAGGGCCCCAACGGCAAGGUCGCCGAGGCCAUCAAGCGCAUCUCCGAGCGUGCCUCCCACCGCAUCUCCACCAUUGCUGGUGAGAUUGCUCUGCGCCGCCAGGGUAUCCGCACCGCUGUCCCCGGCACCUCUUCCCACAGCCAGCCCAUGGUCACUAUCACCCACAAGUCGAACGUUCUGUCCCAGACCGACGGCCUGUUCCGCGAGACCGCGCGCAAGGCCCUUGCCGCGGAGAAGUUCUCCUCCAUCCACGUCGAGGAGCAGAUCGUCGACUCUAUGGUCUACAAGCUCUUCCGCCAGCCCGAGUACUACGAUGUCAUUGUCGCCCCCAACUUGUACGGUGAUAUCCUGUCCGACGGUGCUGCCGCUCUUGUUGGCAGCCUGGGUCUCGUUCCUAGCGCUAACGUCGGUGAUGGCUUCGCCAUCGGUGAGCCCUGCCACGGCUCUGCCCCCGAUAUCGAGGGCAAGGGCAUUGCCAACCCUAUCGCUACCCUGCGCUCCGUUGCUCUGAUGCUCGAGUUCCUGGGUGAGCCUAACGCCGCUGCUAAGAUCUACACUGCCGUCGAUGCCAACCUGGAUGAGGCCAAGUUCCUGUCUCCCGAUAUGGGCGGCAAGGCCACCACCCAGGAGGUCCUCGAUGACGUCCUCAAGAGACUGUAAGAAAAGUAAUUUGUAUAUAGACCUUGGUGGCUGCAGAUGAGCUUUACAGAUAGUAGCAGGAAUCCAAAAUUUCGAGUUUGUGUCCAAUAUUUGUCUUGAUUAAUAGCUGCAUGUGGAGUUUCAUUCCUUGACCUGGGAAAGGAAUCUCGCUAAUGACCAUCCGAGAUUCAUUGUCACUUAUUUUCUUCCUAUUUACCAGCAUCCGAAUCCUCAUCCUGCUUGACAAGUACAAAGCGUACGACGAGAUAGGGUUGACCCGCCUUGGAAUCUUUCAGAACGUAUCGUAGCUCAUGAUUAUCUUCAUCAACCAUGCCCGCGACAGGGAUAUGGAUACCUGGAAGAUGGAUCGAAGUUUCUACAAGACUCGCUUGUGAGAUAAGUAUUUC